GCAGUGACUCUGGAGUCAUGUGUAGUCCAGACCAGGUUAUGAGCAAUGAGAUGAGUGCAACAGAAAAUGCCUACAAGGGAGAGCUGCAAACACCUGCACUCACUAACAAUGCGGAUGCCAAAGAUAUCUCUACUGUUCAACAGGACAAGAGUUUAAAUAACGGAUUGAAAGCUAAACAAACAAAACAUGUCUGUUUCCCAUCAGGAGGAAAGAUUGUGUCUGGAUCAGCAGAACCCUGGAAUCCAUGGGAAGCUGCUGGCAGUUUUACAGUGGAUGAGAUCAUUGCAUCCUACAAAUUAAGCUGUGAGAAACUUGGUGUACAGCCUAUUCACAAAUUGCUGACACAACUGCAGAAGAUUACAGAGGUACAUCAUAGGAUCAAAUGUUUAGAUCUGAAAGGUGAAAAGUUAGACUAUGAAAGUUGUGAGGCCCUUGAAGAGAUCUUCAAACGGAUGCAGUUUAAACUGAUUAACUUGGAGUGGGUGAAGCUGGAUGAAAAUGGGGCUUCAUCAUUGUUUGAUAUAAUGGAAUACUAUGACUCAGCAGUACAUCUCAACAUCUCCUUCACCAAACAUAUUGGAAGCAGAGGCUGGGUGGCAGCAGCUCAGCUGAUUAGGAAGAGUAGCAGUUUGAAAGAGUUUGCGGCCUGUGGCAUUCCCUUGAUGGAGCACAAUGCACGCUCUGUGGCACAAGGCCUGAAGUUCAACAGUCAUCUGAGGGUUUUACGUUUGGAUAAUGCCAGUUUAAGUGGGCGGCCUCUGAUGCUACUAGUUUCUGCCCUGAAUGUGAACCAAAUGCUACAGGAACUUUACUUGGCAGACAACAACCUGAACAGCGUUCAGGACUCCAUGUACCUGCGAGAGCUGUUGCAAUCUAACUGUACCAUAAGACUGUUAGACCUUAAAAACAAUUGUAUCUUCGACACAGGACUGAAAGAUAUCUGUGAAGGUCUAAAAAGACAGAAGCAAGGUCUGAAAACACUUAUACUUUGGAACAACAAACUAACACAUAAAGGGAUGAGUCACCUAGCUGCUAUUCUACCUAAAUUAACUUGUCUGGAGACACUGAAUUUAGGUCAUAAUCCAUUGAACAAUGAAGGAAUCCAUAGACUUAAAGAAGCAUUGAUAGCUAAUCGAUCAGUCAUUCGUCUAGGGCUGGUGUCAACAGCAAUAACUUGUGAAGGUGCAGUAGCCACUGCUGAGUUUAUAGUGGAGAGUGCUGGGAUUCUAAGACUGGAUCUACGAAGGAAUAGAAUUAGGACUGGAGGUCUGAUGGCCCUAUCUCUCGCACUGAGACUAAAUCAUUCAUUGGUCAGACUGGAUUUGGACAAGGAACCAAUGGGUGAGACAGAAGAGUGGCUGAUUGAAACUCAGAAAUUACAACUGGAUGAAAUUCUGAAAAGCUGCAAGAGAAACCUGCUCAUGAGACAAGAAAAGAUGGAAGAGGAGAAGGAUGAGGACAAGAAGCAAGCACUAUCUUUGGAAUUAACAUUGGAGUAGACUAGAAUAAAAUUUGAAAUGCAGGUUAGGUAAGAUUAACUGGUUGAGAAUGCUAUGACAGAGUAUAUGGUGAUUGAAGAUCUCCCUCAGUAAAUGUAGGCAAACAUUGUAUAGAAGAUACAUAGAAUUGAUUCACUGAAUGCAUGCAAAAACUGUUCAUACAAGCACAUUAGAUACUGACAUAGCUCAUAUGUACAAACUGUGUGCAAAUAUUGAUGUACAGACACCAUCAAUACUGUCACAAUUUAGUUACUAUAUCAUAUCAACUUUGUACAUGUCACUUCUUUAAAUAAGGUCAGGAGUGUGUUGCUGGAAAAGCACAGCAGGUCAGGCAGCAUCCGAGGAGCAGAAAAGUCAACAUUUCAGACUUAAGC